AUGGCUGUCGUGCCUUCACGCCUGCGCCGACGGCUACGGCAGCUGACACCUCUGCUCUGGGUACUCUUGGCCUUGCUGGUCGAGAUCUGUAUACACGUCUCCAAAUUUCACGUUCCUGUACCUGAGCGCGAUCUCGAUCCACCCUUCUAUACAUCAUGCCAGGAGCCAGACACAAGCGCCCCGAGAGAGAAUGCGGCAAUUGUAAUGUUGGCUCGCAACAAAGAGUUUGCAGAAGCUCGGAAUUCAGUCGCCAGCUUGGAACGACGCUUCAAUCGCUGGUUUCAGUACCCAUACGUUUUUCUCAAUGACGAGCCCUGGAGCGAUGAAUUCAUAUCAGCUAUCCGAGCAACAACGAAUGCAAGCACCACUUUCGAAGUCAUACCGCAAGAGUCUUGGACCUUUCCCUCCUGGAUGGAUAAGGAUGAGGCGCAAGCUAGUAUCAAAGAACAAGGAGACCGCGGUGUCAUGUAUGGCGGGCUAACGACGUACCACCACAUGUGCCGUUUCUUUUCUGGAGCAUUUUACGAAAUCGAGGCUUUGACAAAGCAUCGGUACUACUGGAGACUCGAGCCCGACGUUGACUUUUCAUGUUCCAUCACCUACGAUCCAUUUGUGGAAAUGGCCAAGCACAAGAAGGUAUAUGGAUACACCAUGGCGCUCUGGGAAGAAAAGGAUACCUGCCCAACUCUCUUUCGUGAAGUCUCGGAUUGGAAAGAGCAGAAUAACAUUGCCUCAAGCGACCUUUGGAAAGCCUCCAUCUCCCCGUCCAACCUGCCCUGGAUGCUGCGUGGCUUUUCUAGUUGGUUUUCUCACCGAGAUCGCCACGGCGACGGUUGGAAUCGAUGUCAUUACUGGAGCAAUUUUGAAAUCGCCGAUCUUGACUUUUUCCGCGGUUCGUCAUACAAGGAUCUGUACGCCCACUUGGAAAAGACGGGAAAGUUCUACUUCGAAAGAUGGGGAGACGCUGCUGUGCACGCAUUAGCCGUCAAUAUGCUCGUAGAGCCAGAGAAAGUCCACCACUUUGCUGAUUUCGCAUAUCGCCAUGAUUCGUACUAUCAAUGUCCGACAAACGCGCCUGGAGGGCAACUUGUGGAGUCUCGGACUCUAAAUGCUGCCGAGUCAACCUGGGCUCCAGAGGUCAAGGGGGGUAUAGGAUGUAGAUGCGAUUGCGACGGCCGCACAACGCGCAACCAUCCUAGCUAUUGCCUCAACAAGCUCAAGGAACCGACAAGUCCAAAGCGACCUUGGAGUACAUGGUUGCUUGGCUGGGUGUCGUAA